GGGAAAUGUAGCAGGCCGACGCGCAAGCGCAGUACUAUCUGUGUUCUAGCUAUCGCCGGUCACUUUCUAGAGGUAGCCGUGUGCUUUUUGUGGGGACCAGGCUGAGGCGUGAGGACACUGGACUGCUGUGCCCAGGUCACCAUGGGUACUGGAAGGAUAGCCACCCAGCUGCAGACCAAGGAGUCCCUGGGGUCAGUGGCGUUCAGGGAUGUGAUUGUGGACUUCACCCAGGAGGAGUGGCAGCAGCUGAAGCCUGCACAGAAGGACCUGUACAGGGAUGUGAUGAUGGAAAUCUACUGGAACUUGGUCUCACUGGACUUGGAGACUGAAGGGGACAUGAAUGAACCAGACCCAGAGAAGGACUCUUGGGAAGACAGAACAUCCAUUGUGGUGGUGGAAGGACUUAUGAGGAAUGGAGCUCAGGGUUAUGCCUGUGAAAAAGCAGGGAUACAGGGAUGCAGGGUGGGGCAACAACACAGGAGCACGGGGACCUGUCAAAGGCAUUUGGACAUGUCCCCAGUGUUAGCUCCUGAGUGUUGUGAAUUUAAUGCAUUCAUCCACCAGAGCCCCAUUGCAGCCUCACCAAGAGGAGCAGAGUCACACUGUUUCACCAUGUGUGGGAAGAACUCAGGUACUUCCAGCCUCAGUCCUCCCUCCCAACUUUGUACAGAGAUGACAUACAAGUGGGGACACUGUGACAAGGGUUUCAGCUAUAGUUCAUCCCUGGGGAAACACCAACAAAUCCACACUGGGGAGAAGCCAUAUAUGUGUGGGGUGUGCAGCAAGUCCUUUAGCCAGGAGGAUAACCUCAUCCUACACCAGAGGACGCACACCAGGGAGAAGCCAUAUGUGUGCAGGGAGUGCGGCAAGGCAUUCAGAUGGAAUAGUCACUUCAUCAAGCAUCUGAGCAUGCACUCCGGGGAGAUGCAGUACACGUGUGGGGAUUGUGGCAAGGUCUUCAGGAAGAGAAAGUACCUUGUCCAGCAUGAGAGGACACACACUGGGGAGAAGCCAUAUGUGUGUGUGGACUGUGGAAAGGCAUUCAGUAAGAAAUCAAGCCUCAAUUUGCAUCAGCGGAUGCACACCGGGGAGAAACCAUACUCAUGUGGGGACUGUGGUAAGGCCUUCACACAAAAAUCAAUCCUAUGUGUGCAUCAAAGGACACACACUGGAGAGAAGCCUUAUGCUUGCAGGGUCUGUGGUAAGGCCUUCAGAGAGAAUAGGCACCUCAUCGAGCAUCAGAGGUUGCACACUGGAGAGAAGCCAUAUGUGUGUGGGGACUGCGGCAAAGCCUUCAGGAAGAGAAAGUACCUUGUCCAGCAUGAGAGGACACACACUGGGGAGAAACCAUAUGUGUGUGUGGACUGUGGGAAGGCAUUCAGUCAGAAAUUGAGACUUAAUUUGCAUGAGCGGAAACACACUGGGGAGAAGCCAUAUAUGUGCAAGGACUGCAGCAAGGCCUUCAGUAAGAACUCGAGCCUCAAUUUGCAUGAGAGGACUCACACUGGGGAGAAGCCUUAUGCGUGCAGCGUCUGUGAUAAAGCCUUCAGGGAGAAUAGGCACCGCAGGCAGCAUCAGAGGUUGCACACAGGAGAGAAGCCAUACAUGUGCGGGGACUGUGGGAAGGCCUUCACUGUGAACAACCUCAUGGUGCAUCAGAGGAUGCACACCAGGGAGAAGCCUCACACGUGUAACGACUGCAGCAAGGCCUUCGCUGGAAAAGGGUACCUUGUCCUACAUGAGAGGACGCACACUGGGAAGAAGCCAUGUGUGUGUGUGGACUGUGGCCAGGCCUUCACUGCAAACAGCACCGUCAUCUUGCAUCAGAGGAUGCACACUGGGGAGAAGCCUUACAUGUGUAACAACUGCAGCAAGGCCUUCAGCUGGAAAAGUUACCUCAUUGUGCAUGAGAUGAUGCACACUGGGGAGAAGCCGUACUCCCGUGGGGUCUUCAGCAAAGCCUUCAGCCAGAAGUGGAACCUCUAUAUGCAUCAGAGGAUGCACACUGGGGAGAAGCCAUACAUUGUGGAGACUGCAACAAGGCCUUGAGAGAUAAUAGGUACCUCAUGGAGCAUCAGAGGACGCAUAGUGUGGAGACUGCGGCAAGGCCUUCAGAGAGAAUAGGCACCUUAUCAAGCAUCAGAUGAUGCACAGCGGGGAGAAGCUAUAUGUGUGCGGGGACUGUGGCAAGACCUUCAGAGAGAACAGGCGCCUCAUUGACCAUCAGAGGAUGCA